AUGGUUACAUCGUCACAUCCUGCGACAGUCACCGAAGCCAUCAGGAUUUCUGUAAACCUUACCGAGGAAGCAAAAAGCAUGAAUAAAUUCGACAAGAAAGGUACCGAGAAAACAAAAGAAAAACAUGUGGAAUCCACAUCACACGACAACAAGCCGAAAUUCUCUCAGUGUAAGAAAGGAUCCCGACCAAAUAAUAAGAAAAAGGAAAACCCCACAAAGAAAACGGGUAAAGCAUUUGUGGCAACAGCAGAGACAGAACUGAACGGUUAUGCAGGAAAUGCACCUAAGUGCAACCGGUGCGGUUAUCAUCACAAUGGUGGGUGCCGAACCAUCAAGUGUGAGAAAUGCGGGAAGAUGGGUCACCGCACAGAAAGUUGUUGGAGUAACAACAAAGGGAAUAGAAAGGAAGGUAAGAAAGAUGGAGGCAAUGGUAAUGGAAACGGACGAGGGAAGAACCAAGAUUGUUUUAGCUGUGGUGAAAUGGGACACUUUAAGAAGGACUCUCCCAAGGAGAACAAAGGCCACGGACGAGCCUUUGUAAUUGGAGCUCAAGAGGCGCGACAGGAUCCAAAUUUGAUCACCGGUACGUUCCCUGUCAACGAUCAUUUUGCUUCUAUUCUAUCUGAUACCGAUGCAGAUUUUAGUUUCAUAUCUUUAUAA